UCCUGUGUCAAGUUUCUUCACGCCUAUUGCGAAAAGAUGUGAAAAGCUUGCCAUUGCAUUAAUUUUAAGAUCUGGGCAUCAGUGAAAUACAAACUAAAAGGAAGAAAAUGCAUUUUCGUGAAUAUCAGUUCCUGUAAUCCCGAUCGUGCAUGAACUUAGGUUUCGGUGAAAAUGGAAACGUGUCAAAUAAUGGAGUACGUUUGAUUGAACCAGGGCCAUUGGAUUGAUGAAAAAUUGAUGGUGGAAAAAUCUUUCAUCCCAGGCAGGCGAGAGUGAAGAUGCGUGUAUUCAGAUUAAAAUUGGUACGGAAAUGUGACAGGGUGGGCAAUGAUAGUGAUUAAGGUGAAGAUCAAAAAGUGUGGUAGUUGCGCAUAGUUGCGAUUGUUGGAAGAGAAGCUUCUAAAGUUACGGCAGAUCGACGGUUGCAAGAAAUAGUUGGUAUAGGAACUGUCGCCGCAAAAUGGGAAACUAUUGCAGUUCGGGUCAAACCAAGAAGGAUAAGGAUAAUUCCUCGGAGAAGUCAGAAGAAUCGCCCUCAUAUCAGCUGGCCGAAAAGGGUAAACCCAAAUCCAACGAUGCAAAAGAAGCUCCUCUGGCAGCACCGGAAGUUACCUCCGACGGUUCCGGCACAGGGCCCGUUUCGAACAACUCAACUGCCAGCGCUGCGAUUGGAUCCGCUCCAGUAGCGGCUGGUGGCCCAACCGAAGCAAGCAGGGCGCAAUUGAAGUCACUGCAGAAUGUUCAAUCGGUGACACUCUCUGAUUCAACAUCUAACAGUCCCAUGGCUGCUACACCACCAUGCGAUAUCCUGUCGGUUCAGCAAAAUCUUCCCCAGAACCUGACACCGUUGUACGGGAAACCAGCUGCUAGUCGCCGUACGGAUAAAUAUAAGAAGAUUGUUCUCUACAUUCUGGCGGCCGAUGAUGGGUAUCAAACGGAGAAAACUGUGCUGCGGGAAGUCUUCAAGGGUUUGAAUCAGAAGUGCCAAAGUCGUGGUUUUGAGUUGCAUGUUUCCGAUCUGCACGUACUGCAAGCCAGGGGCAACAGUUUCAACGUGACAAACUGGCUCAGCGGUCCGCUGGAGGCUCAAGGGGGGCACGAUCUGGCGGCAAACUGCUUGGCGGAAAUCGCUCGCCAAUCGUGCGAUUCCUAUUUGAUUCCGAUUUUGUUUCUGAGUUCCACUUUGGGCGACCCGUUGCUGCCGCUGACUAUCGAAAAUCAAGACUUUACUACGGUGCUACAGACGGCCGAGUUGAGCGCACCGGACCGCGCUAUUCUGGAGAAGUGGUAUACAUUGGACGACAAGUCACAGCCAGCGUGCUACCGUUUGAAUGCCAAAAAUAACUCGAAUCUAACGGCAGAAGAAUCGGAGAAGGAGCUCUCUACGUUGCUGAAAAUUUUAAUAGACGUCUUCUCCAAAGAGCUGCGAGAUUCCUAUCUGACUACGGUUGUUGAGCAGGAAAUCAACAACACCGUUCUCAUCAAUCAGGAACUCUCUAAGCGAUGUCUUUGGAUUCAAAAUUCCAUCCCACCGUUGAAAGUCACGGAAAAUUCCUCAUCCGUAGAAGCAGAAAUGGUUCGCAGAUUGACCAACACACAAAAUGAUUUGAAGAAUCACCUCAGCGAAAAACACAUCAUUCGCAUUUCGGCAAACAUAGCGCAGCAGCAGGACCAGUUCGCCACAAUGCUGGAAAACUGCCUGUCUACGGAGAUUGGUCUCAUCGCCGAUGAGCAUAUGAGUAAAUAUUCGAUUCCCAUGUGCACGUACGGAGUCGACCGUCGGUUGUUGAGUGAGAUCGAGGAGGUAAAUCGCCACUCACGUGUUCUGAACGAAAAUUGCGCCAAUUUCUCCAUAACGGACCGAGUGAAGGAAUAUCUCACCAGCAACCGUCGGAAACCGCUGGUGGUGUUCGGGAAAACCGGUGCCGGGAAAAGUGUUCUUGUGGCGAAAAUCUCUCAGAAUAUUCACACGUGGCUGCCGGAGUCUCAUCUAGUUUUGAGAUAUACCAAUCUAACUGCCAUGAGUUCCGAUGUCACCUCGUUGUUGGGAUCGAUCACUGAACAGAUUUCGGUACUGGUGAAUAGUGUACCAACUCGUUGCAACCAUACAAUUGAAUCGUACUCGGAAGCUCUGAAGCAAUUGAUAGAAGGCACAAAGCAGCAGAUUACGAUUUUAAUCGAUUCGGUCGAUGGUCUUCAGGACUUGGAUGCGUUAGAGUGGCUACCACUUGAACUGUUGGACAAUGUGAAACUAGUUCUGACUGUAUCGUCCAGCUGCACCAGCCUGGAUCAGCUCGGAGCAGAUGAUGUGGUGCUGAAACGGCUGAAGGAGAAGAUUGCCGACGCGGAAUGUUUUCUGUACUUGAGUCCGUUCACCCAGGAACAAUGGGAGGAUGUGCUGUGUUUCGGAGGUGGGGCAAUUUACUCGGCAAAUGGCGCUCUACAGUUACCUGACAGUUGGAAGAAAUCAAACGAGAAAAUUUCGGUGCAGGCGAAGAUACUUUGGUGGCUUGCGUGGCUCGGAGUGACAGAGCUGGAUGAUACAUCUGUGUCACACAUUAGCGAGAAAGUGUUUGACAUUCUGGAGGAAAAGUUCACUAGCGUUAUCACUAGGUUUAUUGUGUCGGUGCUGCUAGCGGCGCGGGAAGGUCUACUCGAAACGGAGAUUAUUACGCUUAUUAGGAAUUCUAAUUUAGUUACAGGAUCCACCACAAAGUUAUGGACACAUUUUUGCUGGAAAAUGGGACCAUUAUUUCUGCACAACAAAAACAUUAUCGUUGUGGACAAAACGCUCAGAGAAGUAGCUAGGAAGCGAUACGAGAAGGACAUUCUAGAGGCGCACAAAACACUGUACGAUUACUUUGAGACGCAGCCAAACUGCUACAUCGAUAAGAAAGGAAAAGAUAAAAGCUUCAACAUCAGGAAAUUCAUAGAACUCCCAUACCACAAGUACAAGUUAGAAGCCAGUGCAGCAUCCUUUGCCUCCUCGUCUUUCCUCACCGAUCUGGGCUGGCUUCACGAGAAACUAACCGCUACCGGCUGUGUUCAUUUGUUGAAUGAUAUUUAUUUAGCGAACUUAACUGAAAAUAGUGGCGUUCAAGCUUUCGCCCAUUUGCUGGUGUUGAAAAAGUUUCUGGAGACUUACUACAAGGCUUUGAACUACGACGGUCAGCAGAUGAUUUCCUUAUUGAAUGUGUACAUUACGGCGGAAAUGAAGGCCGACGGGUCGAGCUUGGCUGAUAAUGCAGUGCUGAAAAAGUGGUGCAAUUUUAUUGAUUCCAGCCCGUUAACAUAUCUGCAGAAGCUGGAGUUCAGCGAACCAAACUUCGUAACGGAAGACGAGAAGAAGGAAAGCGGAAAUGAUAAAAUCUCCUCGGUGGGUUACGAUCUGAUAAUGAACUUAAACAUUGAUGGGUUCUUCGUAAUAUCGCUGAGCACUGAGAGGGAGGAGAUCUGCGUGUGGGAUGUUGCUAAGUGUUGUAAGGUGCGAACAUUGCUCGGAGUGCCACAGCCAUCGUCGAUUUGUCCAGUUGGAGAUAAUGGUGUGGCUGUUUUGUGCAGGAGAGAGAUUAGGAUCGUCGACCUCGAUGAAGGAAAGUUCAAGGUUACGUUGAAAGGUGUCAUGAAUCAGAAGAUGCCAUAUUUUGGUCUGCAUGAUGCGUCACACCUGGUAUGUCUGUCAAGAAAUCGGAUGUAUGUUAAUUUAAUGAACAUUGACUCUGGAGACUGCGUUACUACGUUUAAAGCUGGUGAAGAUAGGUUCCUUAAUUCUCUACUGGUGUCCGGCGAUGGCAGAAUUCUGGUGUGUGGCGAUGAAACGCAGAAACCGUUUCCAUUACUUGUUUGGCAUUUAUCGCAAAAGAAGCUGCUCUACGACCUCCGAAUACCCCAUCAUGACUUCAUCACAUCGCUGUCUGCCAUUACACACGAAGGAUCGUACGUUUGUGUAGUGGCCAAAGAGCUUGCAGAGCCCAGUCCGAAUUUCAUCGUGGUAUACGAUUUACAGAGCGGUACCUUGUUCAAGAAAUGGAAACCAUCGUGUAACACCGUUUCGCUAGCCAUUUCUCAGACCAACACGUGCGUCAUCGCUGGCUUGGAGGAUGCUCGAAUAUUGAUAUGGGACUUGGUAACAGGUAACUGCCGAUGCACACUGACUGGACACAGCGCACCGGUAACACUACUGAAGCUGGAUCCUUCGGGUAAAAUACUGCUGUCCGGAGAUAAAGAUGGGCGUGACAUGUCGAUCCGUUUGUGGGAGCUGGACAGUGGCAAAUCACUGGCCGUUUACACACCGCAAGAGAAGAUCACCACCUGCGAGAUCCUCAACGGUGGCCAGUACUUGGCGAUUGCACUCGAGAACAGAGCCAACAUCAUAACGCUGAAGCUGCGGGGCGGCGGCACCGUUUCCGAUCCGGAUAAAGCGAAGGAAGCAAUCGUAUACGGUAAACAGGAAAACUGCGGGAAAGUUUUCGAUUUGAAACAGUAACACGUUUAAGGUUGAUACUUUUUGUUUAUGGUUAUUUAUUGUUGAUAAUUGUAUGCGUUUUAUUAUUAUUUUUUGUCCUCUCAACAAUAGUUUGGGUGCGCCAUCGUGUAUGAUUUCGUAAUUAAGUAUGUUUCAAUUCUAACAAAUCAUCUCCAAAUCAAAAUCGUUCAAAUAUAUAGCGACGUAUCAAA